AUGCCGUUGCUGGAUCUGAAAUCCGAAGUAGAAGUAUCUACCUUCCUAAGGGACUGCAAGCAACUUACUCUUUUAUACUUGUUUACGCCCUGGGCCCCUGAAUGCCAGCAAAUAACCGAUGUAUUCCGAACUCUUGCUGAAGAUUGUGAAAAUAGAACCGUUCGAUUUGGAAUGGUAAACGCGGAGGACGUACAAGAUUUUUGUAAGAAAAAUGAGGUGUCUUCUGUUCCUGUGGUCCUGUUUUACAAGGAUGGUAAACCAGUGGCACGUGUUCAGGGUGCAAAGGCUGCUGAACUGACGAGGACGGUUACGUCUCUACGUGGUGAAAAUUAUGUCCAAGAGAGUUUAAACGCUCGACUCAAAGCCCUCAUCAACAGGGCUCCCAUCAUGCUAUUCAUGAAAGGUACUCCUGAAGAGGCACGUUGUGGAUUCAGUCGUAGAAUGCUCGAAAUUCUUCACAAGCACAAUGUCCAAUUUGACUCAUUCAAUGUUCUCGGUGAUGAAGCAGUUCGAGAAGGACUUAAAGUCUACUCUGAUUGGCCUACGUAUCCGCAACUAUAUGCGCACGGUGAAUUGGUAGGCGGCGUGGAUAUUGUUACUCAACUGGAGGAAAACAAUGAAUUGCUUUCCACGCUUGGCCUCCAGUAA